AUGAAAGGCUGGCUCUCGACUUUGGGCCUCACGGCUCUUCUAGCAGGCCCGGUCCUGGCCAAUGAAGUGUGGCUCAAAUCAGAUGAUGCGCACCGACAACGAUGCUCCGGGAUGUACAGUCGCAAGGCUUGGGGAGGGAAUGUGGACCCCUUUAUAUUGGUCAAGUUUUCUCAGGAGGGUGACAAGGAUGACGACCCUCUAGCCAGCUUGGUGAUCUUUGAGUGGAACGACGAGGACUUGAUUGGGCGCUAUCGGUCCGACGACGCGAAAUUCAAAGAGACAAUCUGCGAUAGCGAGAACGUGGAUGCCAAACUCUGCCAGAAAGACGACAUCGGCUCCUUUAUUCUCACAAGCAACGCCACCGAUGUUUGGCAGAGCCCGAUUAUGACGAAAGCAGUCCAUCUGAAUGACCCCGAUCCGAUCAAGUACCCGGUCAAGAAAACUGGUUUCUAUUGUGUGAGCACGUUCGCAUAUUCUGGAGAGGACUUCAAGGCUGUGGUCACCUUCCGCAAUUCAUACGGCGAGCUUCCGGCGGCGCAGAUUGCUAAGCUGCCCUUCUACGGAGCCUUGACCAUCGUGUACGCUGUCAUUGGAGUGUACUGGGCAUUCCUGUACACGCAAAACCGCCAUGACAUCCUCCCGGUCCAAAAUUACAUCACGGCAAUUGUUGUGUUCUUGAUUAUCGAGCAACUGAUGACGUGGGGGUUCUACAACUACCAGAACUUGCAUGGAUUGAAUACCGGCGCAAAGGCAUUUAUGGUCAUCGUGGCCAUUCUGAACGCGGCCCGAAAUGCCUUUUCAUUUUUCCUGCUUCUCAUUGUCUGCAUGGGCUAUGGCGUUGUUAAGCCCUCGUUGGGUCGCACCAUGACCUAUGUUCGUAUUCUGGCCAUCGUCCAUUUUGUCUUUGCAGUCCUCUACUCCGUUGCGAGUCUGUCCAUCACACCGGAGAGCGCCGGUCCUCUGAUUCUCCUGAUUGUUCUCCCGCUGGCCGCAACUCUGACGGCCUUCUACGUGUGGACCCUGAACUCGCUCAAGGGCACAAUGAAGGAUCUCAUCGACAGGAAACAGAAGACCAAGGCAAUGAUGUAUAAGAAGCUUUGGUGGUGUAUCCUCGGCAGCAUUAUCGUCAUCUUCGGCUUCUUUUUCUUCAACUCUUUUGCCUUUGCUGGUCGCAGCGAAGCCAGCUUUGUGCCCGAGCACUGGAAGGCCCGGUGGUUUGUGCUUGAUGGAUGGCUCAAUCUAGUGUACCUGUUCGACAUUGCCUUUGUGGCUUACCUGUGGCGACCCACAGCCAACAACCGACGCUUCGCCAUGAGUGAUGAGCUUGCCCAAGAUGACGAUGGGUUCGAGAUCCGGUCAUUUGGCAGUGCUCUGGAUGAAGAAGACCCCUUGGAUGCCCCUCCUGAGUACCCGGGCAGCUCGGGCGCUCACGGCAACCGGGAUCUGUCUCCAGUGCCCCCCAAGCCCGUUUCCUCGGCCCCGCGACAGCGCGAGUCGCUUGAGGACGAGACUAUAUUCGCUGUGGGUGAGGAAGGGGACCGAUGGUCCGAAGAGGACGAGUCUCCUCGCAACUCGGGCGAGAGAAAGAGGCUUACGGGCAAGGACUAA